AUGAGCAACAACAAUGGAUCCCAGCCUGCAGCUGUGCAGUUCUGCUAUGAAAACACAAAUGGGUCCUGUAUCAAAACCUCCUAUUCCCCAGGAUUUCAAGUCAUCCUCUACUUGACCUUUGGAUUUGGGGCUCUCUUGGCUGUUUCGGGAAACCUUCUGGUAAUGAUUUCAAUUCUUCACUUCAAGCAGCUGCACUCUCCAGCCAAUUUUCUCAUUGCUUCCUUGGCCUGUGCUGACUUCUUGGUGGGAGCCACUGUGAUGCCCUUCAGUAUGGUGAGGUCAGUGGAGAGUUGUUGGUAUUUUGGGGAGAGUUUCUGUAAAUUUCACUCCAGUUUUGAUGGGUCAUUUUGUUAUUCUUCCAUUUUUCACUUGUGUUUCAUCUCCAUUGAUAGAUAUAUUGCUGUCACUGACCCUCUGGUCUACCCAACCAAGUUCACUCUGUCAGUUUCAGGGAUGUGCAUUAUGUUCUCCUGGCUCCUGGCACUCACAUUUAGUUUUUCAGUUUUCUACACAGGUGUCAAUGAUGAUGGGCUGGAGGAAUUAGUAAGUGCCCUCACCUGUGUGGGAGGCUGUCAGAUAGCUGUGAAUCAAACCUGGGUAUUGAUUGACUUCCUGUUGUUCUUGAUUCCUACCCUGGUUAUGGUCAUUCUUUACUGUAAGAUUUUUCUGGUAGCUAAACACCAGGCUAGAAAGAUUGAAAGUAUGAGCAGCAAAACUGAGUCUUCCUCAGAGAGUUACCAAGCCAGGGUGUCCAAGAGAGAGAGAAAAGCAGCAAAAACACUGGGUAUCGCAGUGGCUGCAUUUCUGAUUGCAUGGUUCCCUUACUUUAUUGAAACUAUAAUUGAUGCAUUCCUAGGGUUCAUCACCCCAACAUAUGUCUAUGAAAUUUUAUUAUGGUUUGCCUAUUAUAACUCAGCCAUGAACCCUCUGAUUUAUGCUUUCUUUUACCCUUGGUUUCGAAGAGCAAUUAAACUGAUUGUCACUGGGAAAGUCUUCACAGGUCACUCUUCAACAAUAGAUUUGUUUUCUGAACAAAUUAAGGCUUUAGACUGA